AUAGUAUAUAAAACAAAUACAUUUUUAUUUUUCAAGCACAUGAAAUGCAAUGAAUUUUAAAUAAAACAAAUCAAUUCAAAUCAUUUAUUGAUCACUUUCAAAGCUUUAAUAAUUGAUAUAAAACCUUGCCACAUUGUAAUAGAGACUGGGAAAAUGAUUCUAAAAAUAAAUUCACCUAGCGAACAAGCUGUGUACGUGUGCUACUUCAUACAAUUUUGUAGGUUAUGUGUAUAUGAAAUGUAUGUCAAAUGCAUGAUUUUGUGUAAUCUGGAACUACAUAGGAACCAGAUGGUGUAAGAUAAAGACAUUGUGUCAAUAAACAAUGUCACUUUCAAAUCAUUUAAAGCAGUACAUGUCGGAUUGUGAAAGCGGGGAGAUAACCACAUCAGACGAUGACGAGGAAAUUGUACCCAGGCCUGCCAAGCGAUAUGUCCCUACAACAUAUACACUGCAGUUUUCUGCUCAUCUUUCUAAGUGUGUGUCAAAGGUCAUGUCAUACCGCGCUAUUAUCUUUGACAAAGUUGACUCGAACAUUGACAAAAGCUAUGACAAAAGGACCGGCAGAUUUACAGCCCCUUUCAAGGGCAUAUAUGUGUUCUUUGUGACGACGACAAGUGCUGAAAAACUUAAAACAUCUAUAUGCUUUAUACAAAAAAGUGACCCAGUAAACGAAACCAUGGUUAAAGAAAUGGCACAAACUGUUGGAAGCCUUGAAACAAAGACAGUGGCUGUUGUUAUGAGUCUAGACAAAGAUGGAACAGUUUGGGUGAUGAAUACAACCAAGCCGUCAGAGAUAUGCCAAAUGAAAGAGACAUAUUACAUAUCAUUUUCUGGGGGGUUAGUUGAAAAACAAAGUACUUUGUGAGAUUCAUAAAAAAUAGUUCUUUAGCCAUUGUCUUUGUCUUUGUUUUCUUUUUGUUUGUUUGUUGUUGAUUUUUUUGUAUUUGUUUUUUGUUUGUAUUUGUUUCUUUUUAAUAUCUUUGUUUCUUUCUUUCUUUUAAGAGAAACCUUGGCAAUUUGUGUUUAUGUUAAUAUAUUGUACAGAGAACUUGAGAUUGAGACAUUAGUUUUCGUGCAAUUCAUGUUAGUUAUAUUGCCAUUUUAAUGAUUGAAUUUCAUGUUAUUAUAUAAAUUAUACAUUUGUGUGAUAUAUAUUAUGCAAAUAAAUUAAGAUACAGGC